AUGUUUGCUUUUAAGUCACCCGCAGCAACACAAUUGUCAUUGCAUCCAGUGAGUCUCUUCGCCAUCGAUUCCCGAAUAUCAUCGCAUAGAACAUUGGUUGGAUUUGUAAAGAACGCUCUAGGAAUUGACCCGCCUCCUCUUCCCACGGAACCUGUGUUUGCAAAUAGAUUUUAUCCAUGGGAUGAAUCUCCUUCGCCAGCCAUACGAGAAAGAGCCGCUAGAAUUAAAGCUCAGGCUAAAUGUCCUGUGACGGGAAAAGAAAUUAGAUUUACAUGUCCAUUAUCUGGUAUUCCAACACAUUACUCAAAGGAAGCAUGGGAAAAUGAUACAAAUUAUCAUAAAAAUAAAAUUUACGAAAAAUUAAGAAAGGUAAACAUUUAUGAACAUGAUUUGAGAAGUGGUAGACCAUUCCCAGAAUUUGACUUCCCUGGUGAGCAAGCUCGUGAUUCAACGGUUAAUAUGACAAAUUGGGAUUUAUUCUUUUAUACUAGACAGUUUUAUUCUAUGGAUACAGAAUUUCAGUUGGCUACUGUCACCAAAAUGUUAAGUUAUCCGAUCACAAUUGGUUCCAUUCUUUAUAAAUAUUCCCCUUAUAACUUGAUUCCAAAGGGGCCGGUCACCUUGGAAGGUUUGAAAUCGUUAGCUGCUUUGAGAUACACUUUGAGAAACAAUGCGUUUGCCACAACGAAGACACGUCCCAUGAGAAUAUUUAUUCUGGGUGCUCGAGCUGAGAGUCAACUUCCCAUCCACAUUUGGAAACAAUUACAGUUUUUAUUUCCAGCUCAAGCUUUUGAGAUCAAUUUUAUAGGGCCUGAAUGCUCCUUAUUAGAACAGGAUUCAAAUUACCUGUCUUCUGACUCCAGGAUUGUGAAGAGAGUGGAUGAAAGUUUAACGUUAGCUUAUUAUCCGGAUUAUUUCGAUAAAUUCCAUAAGGCACAAGACUUCUUCCCAUAUGAUCCAUAUAAUGACAUUUUCUUUACUUUCCACCCUGGAUUUGCCUCUCCAGAAUCUUCCAAAACAUGGAUGGGAGACACGAUGAAGGCAUUGUUAGAUACCAAAUGUGCCAUUUUUACUACGGGCUUCAGUCAGGACGAUAUAAUGAAGGAUAUUACAAGUGUGCAAGAUACAUAUGGUGAAGAGGUAGAUAUGUUGAUGAACCCAAUUAAGAAUGUGUUUGGGAGUACCAAGUGGGAAUUGAAUGACCUCAAUCCACAACAAGUAUAUCAAUUCAAUAUGUAUAUUGCUGGGUUUAGAGGAAAGAGGUAUCAUACUGUCAAAGCAUGA